AUGGUUGAUGGUUUAACUGAUUUGAAAGAAAAAAAUGUAGAAAAUAGGCAUUGUGAACCAUGCAUACUUGCUAAGAUUACACGCCUUCCUUUUAAUGGGAAAAUGUAUAAGGCUAGGAAACCCUUAGAACUAGUACAUACCAAUGUUUGUUCUGUUAGCCCUUCUACGUGGGACGGGUAUAAACACUUUGUUACUUUCAUAGACGAUUUUACCCACUUCACCGCAGUUUACUUAUUAAGAGACAAGUCUGAGGUUUUUGAAUAUUUUAAGACUUAUUAUAAUUAUGCUAGUAAUCAUAUUUCUAGAAAUUUUAAAUCCUUUUGUGAUGAAAAAGGCAUAGUAUUGCAGUAUACUGCUGCAUAUAAUCCUGAAAUGAACGGAGUAGCUGAAAGAAUGAAUCGUACUCUGACUGAAAAGGCGCGUGCAUUAUUGUUAGAUUCACAGCUUCCUAAAGAGCUUUGGGGCGAGGCCCUGCGAUAUACGGUAUAUGUCACUAAUCGUAGUCCCACUGCUUCCCUUAAUGUUACACCAUUUGAAAUGUGGGAGGAAAGACGUCCUAAUGUGUCUAAUUUUAGAAUAUUUGGGUCAUCUGCAUAUGCCCAUAUUCCCCAAAAACUCCGAAUGAAGUUGGACCCUCGUGGUGUGAAAUUGAAAAUGGUUGGGUAUGCUCCGGGGGGAUACAGAUUAUGGGAUGCUAAUGAAAGGAAGAUACGCAUAGAACGAAACGUAUUGUUUAGGGAAGAAACUUGUUCAGAGUCCCCUGAAACGAUUAGUAUUGACGUGGAGUCUAUCUCGGAUGGGAAGGAGAAGGAUGAUGUUAGUAGUCCUGAGAAAAUUUUAACUUCUGAUAAUAAUUUAGAGUCAUUACAACCUGAGGGAAGGGAUACAGAUAAUGUUAAUUCUAGGGAGAAAAGAAAGAAAACUAAACCAAAAUAUUUACAAGAUUUUGUCACUGAUGAUUCAGAUUUAGGUGAUAUAUUAAUGGCAUCAUUUUUAUCUUGUUCUAAUGGUAAUGUCCCAGAAAAGUAUAAUGAUAUAGAUUCUUAUCACGAUAAAGAUAGGUGGUAUGAAGCGGUAAAUGAAGAAAUUAAAUCUUUAGAGGAUAACAAGACUUGGGAAGUUGUAGAAAGAUCAAACGAUGCUAAGUUAAUUGAUUGUAGAUGGAUUUUUACAAAAAAGGCGGGUAAUGUAUAUAAAGCUAGAUUAGUCGCAAGGGGGUUUCAACAGGAAGAUAGUUUUACCCAAAUCUAUUCCCCCGUUUUGAAAUUAGAAACUCUCCGAGUUCUUUUAUCGUUAGCUGUUCAAAGGAACUAUUUAAUUCAUCAAAUGGAUGUUAAAGGUGCUUUCCUUCAUGGUGAAAUUGAUGAUGUUGUAUACUUAAAGCCCUGGUGUAAAUAUAAAUACAAAUUAUGUCUUGAAAUUGAAAAAAAUCACUUUAGGGUCUUAAAAAAUCUUUAA